AUGAACAAAGGCGUACAAAUAUGCUCUGAAACCAGCUUUAAAACACACACCGAGACACUUAUACACGAAUUUACUCUGGUUAAGCAAAAGUCCUCCAAAGCGCCAACAUCGCUAAUAGCUGAAGAUGUGGCAGGAAACAAGAUAGUUCUGUGCACUCUAGUGCCUGGAGUAAAUGAAAGCGUUGUUGCCAAUAUGCUGUUACAGGCAGGCGAGUCUUUCAUACUUUCUACAACAACAGAUGAUGCCAUUCACAUAUCUUAUCUAGAGAACGAAAAUGCAACAGAGCCCUCGCCAAGCACGUCCUUAGUGAACAUAAAAAUAAGAGACAACGAGAAAGUGCUUGUAACAGGAAGCACAGUGUACACUCUUGUAUCGAUCGUAUCAGCUGAGUCAAAGAGGCUCUCCGUCUGCCUGAUGAUCAAUGGGGAAGAAGUGACACUUGCCAAUCUGGUCCCAGGGAGAAUAGAAACUGCUGAAAUAUCUCUGGAGUCGUACGAAGACGAAGAGCUGGAGAUCUUUUUAGUAGGAAAAGGCGAGGUUGAGAUGGUUGGAUAUGUCGCUGCAGAAGAGACAGACGAGCCAGAUGAGUGCUCAGAGUGCAACCAGAUAUUCGAAGAGUGCGAGUGCGAGGAAAGCAGCGAAGAGAUCAACGACGACCAGUUUUUGUCAGAUGACAAGAUGGAGAGCAUAGUUGGCGCCCGGGCGCAGGAGCAAAAACAGAAGAAAAAAGGGAAAGUAACAUUCGAAGAGGAAAACCAAGAAAAACACCAUGAAACACUCGGAGAGUCAAAGCCCAAGUCAAAAGAGGAAAGGAAAAAAGAGGAAAAAGAAAGAGACUUAAAAGAGCUAAAGAUAGUGGACACAUUCAAAUCAAAAAACAAACAGGUAGCUAAAAAAUCAGAUAAGGUAAAAAUAAGAUAUACUUUAUACGUAAACAACAAGAUGAUCGACAAGAACAAAUCUUCUGGGCUCGUGUUCAAGAUGGGAGAAGGACAUAUGAUCCGAGGACUGGAGCUCGCAAUAGAAGGCAUGGCUGUGGGAAGCAAAAGAACAAUAACAAUCCCUCCGCGCUUAGGAUACGGAUCAACUCGCGCAGGAGGCAUUCCUCCCAACUCGGUGCUAGUCUUCCUGGUUGAGCUGUGCGCUAUACUCAACUAG